GUGCGGUGGGAGACAGAGAGGUCUGUUUUCCCAGUCCAGAGAAAAUCUGCUUUUUAUUUUCGAAGUAAACGUUUCUUUGUGUUAUUUUCUGUUAUAAACCUUUCUUAGCAAGCGUCGACAACAAAGAAAGCAACAUGGCGCAGUACAAAGGAGCUGCCAGUGAGGCUGGGAGAGCCAUGCAGCUAAUGAAAAAACGAGAAAAAGAAAGAGAACAUCUUGAGCAACUCAAGCAGAAGAUUGCAGAGGACAACAUGGUCAAGUCCAACAUCGAUAAGAAAUUCUCAGCUCACUAUGAUGCUGUGGAGGCAGAGCUCAAGUCCAGCACAGUUGGUCUGGUGACGCUGAAUGAUAUGAAGGCGAAGCAGGAGGCCCUGGUGAAGGAGAGAGAGAAACAGCUGGCCAAGAAGGAACAGUCCAAGGAGCUCCAGCUUAAAUUAGAGAAGCAGAAAGAGAAAAAGAGGAAGGAGGAACAGAAGAGGAAGAUAGCCAGUUUAUCGUUUAACCCUGAAGAUGAAGGAGAAGAGGAGGAGGAAAACGAAGACGAAGAGCAGGAUUACGCUCCAGUUAAGAAGAAGAAACUGGGGAAAAAUCCAGACGUAGACACAAGUUUCCUCCCUGAUCGAGACAGAGAGGAGGAGGAGAAUCGUCUCCGAGAGGAACUCCGGCAGGAAUGGGAGCUCAAACAGGAGAAGAUUAAGAGUGAGGAGAUUGAGAUUACAUUCAGCUACUGGGAUGGAUCUGGACACCGUAAAACUGUCAAGAUGAAGAAGGGCAACACCAUCCAGAACUUUCUGCAGAGGGCUCUGGAGGUCCUCAGGAAGGACUUCAGUGAGCUCAGGUCUGCUGGAGUGGAGCAGCUGAUGUACAUCAAGGAGGAUCUGAUUAUCCCACAUCACCACAGUUUUUACGACUUCAUCGUGACCAAAGCCAGAGGCAAAUCUGGUCCUCUUUUCAGCUUUGACGUCCAUGAUGAUAUUCGACUGGUGAACGACGCCACCGUGGAGAAAGAUGAGUCUCAUGCAGGUAAAGUGGUGCUGAGGAGCUGGUACGAGAAGAACAAGCACAUCUUCCCUGCCAGCCGCUGGGAGCCGUACGAUCCCGAGAAGAAAUGGGACAAAUAUACGAUCCGGUGAAACGGCGGUCUUCUCCACUCUCUGGAAUGCUGUUCAUUUCUGUCUUAUUUUCCUUUAUUGUAACAUAUUUCAUCAAUGUUUUAUCAAGAUUUGAUAAACGGAUGAUUCAUUUUUAGUUUUCCCAAAUGUAUUUGAAUUGCCAAUGCAAUGUUUCCUGUAAAAACCCCACAUUCAUUUGUACAUAGCUCACAACCAUGUAGUAGCAUCUGUGCUUAAUAAAAUGAACCUGGUUAUGA